AUGUCGAACCCUCGAUCCGAUUCCGAACAGCCUGCCCUCCAACCCGACUCAGAGCCAACUAGCCCUGCUCACCAACCAGAAGACAAGGGCAAAGAACCGCAGUACUCGCCUGCGCUCCUGGAAUCACCGCCGGGGCAAGACAGCAGCAAUCCCUUUGACAAUGCCGAGCCAUCUGCCUAUGGCGAGUCGAGUGCUGCGGCGGCAGCUAGCGCGCUGAAGAAAUACAGGGUGCGCUUCAACAGCAACGCGGAUGCAAACCGACCUCCAUGGCUGGCGUCGCAACCGAGCGAGCGCCCGCAAAAUUCACCUGAACGGGCGAUACAGACGAGCCCACGACACGCACCUAGACCGUCAGUUCUACGGACACCGUCCAGCGACACAGUCCCUCAAGUCGACACGCAAACCGAACCAGAUCCCAAUUCGGAAAAGGGCAUCUCAGCCUCAGCAGCGCAAGAGCGCGCCAGGAAAAUCGAGAAGAAAGUCAAGGAGGACAGGGACGAGCUCAACUCUGACGAUGAUGACCACCGCGCGUCCUUCGAAUCUGCCCGCACGGCGACCACGAGUGAGGGAGGAGGUUACGAGGCCGGCGACAUCCCCAUGCAAGAUUUGGGCGGACAUGCAUUCACUAGACUGCCGUCGAGUGAGGCACCUCAGGAUACCGAGAAGCAGCGCUUCGGUGCUCAUGGUAGCCAGGCUGCCAACUUGGUGCGAACCUUCACAACGCGGAUGGGCUCACGAGCAAUGGGGUCUGAGGAAUCCGAGGAACCAAAGAAGCCAGACAACGGGGAAGGGAGCAGUAAGACCCCCGCGACUCACGAGAACCAUGGGGGCUACGAUGGCGUGUACGAGGUGCCGCCGCCACAACAGUAUCGUGGUGGCGUACUGAGUCAGCUGCUGAAGCUGAACAAGCAACCCCUCGACUAUCUCCCCGGCGGCCACGGACGCAACUGGAGCACCUCGACGCUCAACAAUGGCGAGGAGCACACGGCACGCGGUAGAGAGAAGGGUCGCGCGGGAGAUUCGCGCAAAAGCAGCCGCAGCCGCAGCGCUGGGGAAUCGGGCGCGGCGACGCCGACCUUCCAGAAGAAGUCCAAGUGGUACAACCACCAGAGCAAGUCUUCUGACACACUGGGAAACCUCAUCAUGGCCUCCAACAUACUGGCCAACCCGAACACAACGCUCAAUGGAGAUGAGAUGGGCUCUCCCGGUCACAAGCCCCAUAAAGGGAAGCAUAAGCGCAAGGGCAGCGGUAGUGCUAAUCGUCUGUCGGCUUUCAUGCAGAAGGAGGAAGCCCGAAUCACCGUGCACAUUGCCGAGACCCUGUUUCGGCAAGACUAUAUUGUCAAAAUGUGUCGCGCGCUCAUGCUAUACGGCGCACCCACGCAUCGCCUCGAGGAGAUGCUCUCCAUGACAGCCCGUGUUCUGGAGAUCGACAGCCAGUUCCUAUACCUACCUGGAUGUAUGAUCAUCUCCUUUGACGAUCGGUCGACGCAUACGACAGAGGUGCGCAUCGUGCGGAGCGCCCAGGGUAUCGACCUCGGGAAGCUCAAGGACAUCCACCUCGUCUACAAGGAGGUCAUGCAUGACUUGAUCGGCGUAGAGGAGGGUGCUGAACGCCUGGACGCUAUCAUCAAGCAGGCGGACAAGUUUCACGUCUGGUUCAGGGUUCUUGUGCAUGGCCUGACAGCUGUGUCAGCGGCCCCUUUCUCUUUCAAGGCCAGACUGAUCGACCUGCCCCUCAUCUUCUGCUUCGGCUGUCUCGUUGGCUUCCUGCAGCUCAUCGUGUCCGCCAAGAACAAUCUGUACAGCAACGUGUUUGAAGUCAGCGCCGUCGUCGUCGUGAGCUUCAUGGCGCGCGCGUUUGGAUCCAUCCAAGGGGGCAACUUGUUUUGCUUCUCAGCACUAGCGCAGGGAGGCAUCGUCAUGUUGCUACCCGGUUACAUGGUCCUGUGCUCGUCGCUCGAGAUACAGUCCAGAGCGAUUGUACCAGGGUCGAUUCGGAUUGUCUACGCCAUUAUAUAUUCCUUGCUUCUGGGGUUUGGAAUCACAGUGGGCGCCUCAAUCUGGGGUCUUUUCGACCCGAAUGCCACCUCGGACACUGUCUGCCACGACCCCAUGGACCCUUACCUGGCCUUCAUCUUUGUCCCGGCCUUUAUCCUCUGCGUCAGUAUCCUCUAUCAGGCGAAAUGGAAGCAGAUGCCUGUCAUGCUGGUGAUUGCUUUUGCGGGAUACAUCGUCAACUUUUUCAGCAGUCGCAAAUUCGCAGCGGCGCCGGCGAUUGCGAACACACUCGGGGCCUUGGCCGUGGGUCUGCUGGCAAAUCUCUGGUCGCGCGUUAGACAUGGCGUAGCCGCUGCCACGCUCAUCCCAGCCAUCUUCACUCAGGUGCCCGGUGGUCUGGCUGCCUCGGGUGGUCUCGUCAGCGGCAUCAGCACGGCCAACAUGUUGACAGGAAGCAACAGCACAAGCCCGCAAGCAGGUCAGGACUACAACAACACGGCCGUCUUCAACGUAGCGGCGUCAAUGAUUCAAAUCGCAAUUGGCAUAGCGGUCGGGCUGUUCUUGAGUGCAUUGAUUGUAUAUCCAUUUGGAAAGCGGCGCAGCGGUCUUUUCAGUUUUUAA